UGUCAGAGGGAUGGCCCACAGCCCUCCCAGCUGCAGGUGCCCAGGGCCAGGCCUGGCCAAGACUUGUGCCAGCCCGCCAUGGCUCACCUGGGCCCCAGGUAUGUGGGCCUCUGGGACUUCCAGGCCCGGACGGAGGAGGAGCUGAGCUUCCGGGCAGGGGACCUCUUCCACGUGGUCAGAAAGGAGGAGCAGUGGUGGUGGGCCACGCUGCUAGACGCGGUGGGCGGGGCCCUGGCUCAGGGCUACGUGCCUCACAACUACCUGGCUGAAGAGGACACUGUGGAGUCUGAGCCCUGGGCGUUCGGCCACAUCUCCCGCUCGGAAGCCAUGCACCGACUGCAGGCCGAGGGCAACGCCACCGGGGCCUUCCUGGUCAGAGCCAGCGAGAAGCCAGGGGCAGACUAUGUCCUCUCAGUGCGGGAUGCUCAGGCCGUUCGGCACUACAAGAUCUGGCGGGGCCCGGGAGGCCGGCUGCACCUGAACCAGGCGGUAUCCUUUCCCAGCCUGCCGGAGCUCCUGGACUACCACCGGGCCCAGAGCCUGUCCCCCGGCCUCCGGCUGACAGUGCCCUGCUGGAAGCAUGAGCCAGAGCCCCUGCCCCACUGGGACGACUGGGAGAGGCCGCGGGAGGAGUUCAGGCUCUGCAGGAAGCUGGGGUCUGGCUACUUCGGCGAGGUCUUUGAAGGGCUCUGGAAAGACCAAGUGCGAGUGGCCAUUAAGGUGCUCUCCCGAGACAACCUUCUGCACCAGCACGCGUUCCAGUCGGAGAUCCAGGCCAUGAAGCAGCUUCGGCACAGGCACAUCUUGGCGUUGUACGCCGUGGCGUCUGUGGGCGACCCCGUGUACAUCAUCACAGAACUCAUGCCCAAGGGGAGCCUGCUGGGGCUGCUGCGGGACUCUGCUGAGAAGGACCUGCCCGUUUCAGAGCUGGUGGACAUCGCGUCCCAGGUGGCCGAAGGCAUGUCCUACCUGGAGUCACAGAACUACAUCCACCGAGACCUGGCGGCCAGGAACAUCCUCGUGGGCGAGAACAACAUCUGCAAAGUCGGGGACUUCGGAUUAGCCAGACUCAUCAAGGAGGACACCUACCUUUCCCACAACCACAACGUCCCCUACAAGUGGACGGCCCCCGAGGCACUGGCCCGCGGGCUCUACUCCACCAAGUCUGACGUCUGGUCCUUUGGGGUCCUGCUCCACGAGAUUUUCAGCAGGGGCCAGGUGCCCUACCCAGGCAUGUCCAAUCACGAGGCCUUCCUGAGGGUGGAAGCCGGCUACCGCAUGCCCUGCCCCCCACAGUGCCCGCCCCACGUGCACAGACUGAUGCUCUCCUGCUGGCACGGCGACCCUGGGCACAGGCCGUGCUUCCGCGCCUUGCGGGAGCAGCUCUCCAGCCUCAGCAGGUACGAGAACCCGCUCUGAGCCACGGAGCAGGGCAACGUGCCCUCUUGAGGCUCACUGAGGCGACGGGCAGGACACAAGUGCCUUGGGAACUGAGGACGCAGCGCAGGCAGGGAAGCCGUUCCCGCUCUCCCCGGAAGACGUUGUGUGACAGGUGUCCUGCCCUGUGCAGAGGGACGGAAGGACCUGGACAGAUGGGUCUUGCAGGUCCCAGCACGAGGUCACCUUCGGGCUUCAUGCCCCUCCACGGGGCCAUCUGCACAACACAGAUCUCCCUGCUCCUCUGGGGCUCAGUGAUGGCUCGCCAGCUGUGCCACACACCAGUUAUUAAACAGACUCUC